CGCAAUCGACGCGCAGUUCGCGACGGCGCACCGGUUUUAACUUAAACCACCUUCUCGGAUCAGUUGGCAGUUUAAGUUUUAUGUUGGAGGCGAGUAGUUCAUAAUAAAUUUGAGUUGUUUUAAAGGCAUUCGAAAAUAACUGUGUGAAACUUAAUCAAUUGAAUUUGUGUGAAUUUCGUAAAUUUUCGACAAAAUGAAAUUUGUCAUUUUGCUAGCUCUAUCGCUGGCAGUGUUGGCUAGCGCCCAGCAUGCGAGCAACUCACACCUUGUUUGCUACUACGAUGGCAGCAGUUAUGUACGCGAAGGUCUCUCCAAACUGCACACAAACGAUUUAGAACCGGCUUUACAAUUCUGCACACAUCUCAUCUACGGUUAUGCCAGCAUCAAUCCGACAUCGAACAAACUUGUCAGCAGCAAUGAUAAGCUCGAUCUGGACAUCGGUUCGGGACUGUACCGCACCGUGACCGGUUAUAAAAAGAAAUACCCACACUUGAAAGUACUGUUGAGCGUCGGUGGCGACAGAGAUGAAAUGGAUCCAGAUAACAACAAGUAUCUGACUUUGUUGGAGAGCACUAAUGCGCGCAUACCAUUCAUAAACAGCGCACACUCUUUGGUGAAGACGUAUGGUUUCGAUGGUCUCGAUUUGGCUUGGCAAUUCCCCAAGAAUAAGGCCAAGAAGGUGCAUGGCAGUAUUGGUAAAUUCUGGAAGGGUUUCAAGAAAAUCUUCUCCGGCGACUUUGUUGUGGAUGAGAAGGCCGAGGAACAUAAGGAAGAAUUCACAGCUUUGGUGCGUGAACUGAAGAAUGCUUUCCGUCCCGAUGGUUACUUAUUGGGUCUUUCCGUCUUGCCCAAUGUGAACUCUUCACUAUUUUACGAUGUGCCCGCAAUUGUAAACAAUUUGGAUUACGUCAACUUGCAUGCAUAUGACUUCCAAACACCUGAACGCAACCCUGAAGUGGCUGACUUCCCAGCACCCAUCUACGAACUGAAUGAACGUAACCCUGAAGCGAAUAUUAAUUUCCAAGCACAGUAUUGGUUAAACAAUCACUGCCCAGCAACUAAAAUCAAUGUCGCUGUUGCCGCCUACGGUCGCGCCUGGAAAAUGACUAAAGAUUCUGGUCUCACUGGUGUGCCACCAGUUGUUGAAACCGAUGGUGUUGCUCCAGCUGGCACUCAAACUCAGAAACCGGGUCUGCUCAGCUGGCCAGAGGUGUGCGGCAAAUUGCCAAAUCCAGCCAAUCAACAUUUGAAGGGCGCCGAUGGUCCACUUCGUAAAGUGGGCGAUCCGACCAAACGUUUCGGCAACUACGCUUAUCGUUCGGCUGAUGACAGCGGUGAGAAUGGCAUCUGGGUGGGCUAUGAUGAUCCUGAUACCGCAGCAAAUAAAGCAGCCUUUGUAAAGGCUCGCGGUUUGGGCGGUAUUGCUUUAGUGGACUUGUCUUUCGAUGACUUCCGCGGUGCUUGCACUGGUGAUAAAUACCCAAUCUUACGUGCUAUUAAGUUCAAGUUGUAAAUUUAACUUAGGAUGUUCAACAACGUGGUUAAAGUUAUACAUUUGUUAAACGUCUUUAAGCAUUUUAAGUUUCUUGCUCAUUUAAGUCUCAUUGUUCGGAGCAUGUAAUAUUGUCACAUUUACCAAAAAGAAAAACACAAAAUACACAACCAAAAACAUAUAUACCCAU